CCCACCUUUGGCGGUGGAUCUUUUGACAUCGUCAACCUCUUGGCCUCUCUGACACCUUCAGCGAGCUCGCGUCUUUACAACUGCGCCAAUCCACCUAGCGAUACGUCUGCAAACCCAACUUGACAUCAUGCUGUGCUCACAAUGCCAGCGCAUCACCGCUAGAGCAGCUUCGCGCAGUGGCUCUACCCUGCGCCAGCUCGCCGCGCCUUCAGCCUCGGCUUUCUCAAACUCAUCCUCAGCGUCAGCCCGAGUGCGGUACACGACCUCAACACAUCAGCCUAUUCCACAACUUUCGCGGGCAGCCGGUUUCAGAAAUGGCGUUUCCUCCCUACGGCCCUACUCCUCAACAAUAACAACACCACCGCCAGCCAAGCCCGACUACCUCGACGAGAACGAGUCACAGAUUUGGGACAAGCUCGCGGCCGAGUUCGCCCCGACGGAGCUCUCGGUCAAGGACAUCUCGGGCGGCUGCGGGUCCAUGUACGGUAUCGAGAUUGCGUCGGAAAAGUUCCGCGGCACCAACAUGCUCAAACAGCAGCGCAUGGUCAACGCCGUGCUCGGCGAGCAGAUGAAGGAGUGGCAUGGGGUGCAGCUGCGGACCAAGGUGCCUCAGGCGUGAGGGAUCCAGUCGGACGAACUCCUGGAGGAGUACAGCAAUGCUUGGUUUGACGACGAGUCAUCUUGGCUGAUCAGGGACCUUUGAGAGUCGUGUAUUACUAGAGGAAUGAUGUACAAUAUCAUGGUGGAUGG